AUGUACGCGAAAGUGAAAACAGGAACUAACCAGUUCAAUGCACUCAAAUCAGACUCCGAUGAUGCUCAAGUCGAGGAGGAAGAGGAAGUACAUGAAAUACCAGUUGAUCCAAAAUCAAAUUUAGGCAAAUUCCAGCAAAUUUCUAAAAAUGCAAAAACUCUUCCAGAGCUUGCAAAGGCUUUCGAUACAUUUAUUCGCAGCUUUGGCAAGAGUUCUCGCACUUACAACAACAAAUUCGAUACAUAUGAUGGCCUUACUGUUAAAGAAUACGAUGAUAUCUUAACAGCAAGAAUCCAAUGCUACAAUGACCGCGUUCCACAAGAGGUUCUUGAUGAUGCCUAUUCUAAAUACUCUUCUUUCAAAUCCCCAGACCUCAGAUCUCUUCUUGUUGAUACAAUUAAGGGAUUAAAAUCCAAGAAUCAAAAUGGACAAGGCGCACUUCUCUUAAUUGCUGACGUUCUUUCACGAGAACCAGAUCUUUUUACAAAAGAUCUUUUAACAUUUGAAGGAAAAGAACUUAUCGACGCCGCUCCAGCUCUUGGAUUCAUUUACGCGUAUGUCAUCCAAAAUUCAGCCAAACCACCUACAGGAAAAUUCGUUCUUAGGAUGUUUUGCCCAGUUUUCCUUAACCCAGAAGCAUCAUUAGGCGGAUUAGCCGUUUGCGGUGCCCAUUGUGCCAUGAGAGCACUCAGACAUUACCACGAUCCAAGAGUAACUGCAUUCCACUUCGCAGUGAUCGAUCGUCUCGUUCGAGAUAAGUCAACAAAUCGCGCAACACACAUUUCACAAGUUUUCGAUAAGUUUUCGAAAGCAAUGAGAAUUACACGCAUGGAUAAGUACGUAUCUGCCAUUAUUACAGUCUUUGACGAUAUGCCACAAUAUAGGAACGAAUUACUUGUCGCAAACGCCAAAGACAGCAAGCUAUUCGUCGACGGAUGGGUAGAAUACAACAAAGAACACGAGGACGGUGUCAAAGCUUUCAAGGAAGUUACUGAUCAAUUGAUAUAUGAAACACUUUACAAAUUCCCACGCGAAACCAUCGUUGGAGAUUCAGACAACAUCAGAUUGAUGAACAAGGAGAUACAACUGAAUAAGAGGAGUGUUCGUGAAAUUAUUCUCGGAUUAGUCGCUGGCGCUGUAUUUGUUUCUCAUUAUUAUCUCGAACUCUUCUAA